AUGACGGAAAUAUGUCCGGUGCUUUAUUCCCAUCAAAAUUUCAGGGUAGCCUUACUUCUUCCAGCGGCUAUUGCCACAUUAGUGUUGGCAUUUUUAACACAUAGAACCAAACACAAACUGCACGUGUUAAAUGGACGACCUGGAAUUGUAUUCCCUAUGGACAUUCUCAAGAGAUCUCACAGAUUUUCCUAUGCUGCUGCAUUUGGAACCCUCGCACGUCUCUGUUCCGAUAUUGUAUUCAGUGCUAAAUAUGCAUUCAACUAUAACGGUCCAAUAUACCUUAAAGUGUUUGUUGCACUUACCUCGAUGUUUAUAUACGGUCUUGGCUACUAUCCGUUGUUUGCUGGAAUUACUGCAGAGCGUCCAAUAGGAUACUUCAUUGCUACAAUAUUUGCAUGGGUUUUCACGGCUGAUUUCUUCAUCACUUCCUUUUGUAAACAACCAUUCACAAUUUCCUAUUUGGUCCUAAUUAUCGGGCUGCUGCCGGAAAUUAUCUGCUAUCUGUACCUUACCUUUAGCCUACCCGCCAGAUUUAUUAUUUCCAUCGUCAAACCGAGGAAAAAAAUAAAACUUGCUGUUGACUUUGAAAGCAGUGAUGAUCUUUAUGAAUCCAUAAGGAAAUCGUAUCAGGGCAAUCAUGUUAGGAAACUGUUCAUUAAACCAGAUCCCCCUCCACCGCCCCCUGAGGGUAUGAAGAAUAAAAUCAUUUUGCGUUUGAAAUCUCUCUCCGAAAAAAUAUUCUACAGAAGGGAGAAAGGAUUCAGAUAUUCAGCUAGAAUGAUAUCUUUAAUGGCUGUAGGAUUCGUUCUGCUGUAUAAGAUUUCUUUGGAGUCCUUAGUUAUAGUGUACGAGGUUUUUGAUUAUUUGGAGAAUGGUCUGAUCGCACAGUUUGAAUCCAUUGGAUGGACCGCUCAACCAGGAGAAGCAGCCUCUAUAGAAACAAUAAGAGAAGGAUUAUAUAUAGCUUAUUACUUUGUCAGAUCUUUCAGAGGUUGUACAGUGACCUCCUUGUCAUUUGCUUUCCUCAUAAACUUUGUCUUUCUGUUUCAUUAUUUGACAUCUUACAGACAAAAUUUACUUUCACUAUAUAAAGGGCAGUCCAGACAUCUCACUCCUAGGGCCGAAAAAUCCAAUUCAAGCCUGAUGGUCGGAAGCAUGCGAUAUGCCGGUUAUCAAGUAGGGUAUAUUGCUAAAGGAUUUUUCAUCCAGCUGCUCUUGCUUUUGAUUGUGUCUUUUGGAAUAGCAACAACAAUAAUUAUAUGGGACAUCCUUGGUGACUUCCUAGUAUCACAGGUUAUGAGGAUUUGGCCUGUGCUACUGACUUCUAUACUGUUAAACAUCGGACAGCUGUUGUUGGCCAAAUUCUUAUUUCUGCAGGAGAAAGGAGAUAUAUUAGCUAUGGAUAAUAGACGAUUGUUCUUCGUUGUGACCUACUUUUUAUUCUUCUACAACAUCUUCAUUGGUAUAUUCUCGUGUCUGAUGAGGAUUCUGAAGUCCAUAAUUCUAGGAUCACUAUUCCUUCCUCGUCUGGACCAUAGCGUGCUGCCCAGAAAAUUCCAACAAUUUGACCCAGGUUUUGAUGCAUAUUGUGGUUUUAUUCACGUGGAAAGUACACAUACGAACCCUGUUGCUAUGGUUUUCAUCAGUAUUUUACAAGCAGAAUCAUUGACUACCUUGAAAAGAAACAAAUUAAAUGAUGUUGAUUGUACCCCAAUGGAUGAGAAAGAGGAAAUGAAAGAUCAGAAACGACGGAAGGCGAAAUGGAAAUGGCUGCUCGCCUUCACUCUUGUAAAUAAUCCAGAACUCUCGCUUCAAAGAAGACUGGUUCUGGCAAAGGAGCGCAACGAAAAUGUUAAGGAAAUUCUCUUCUCUCAGUAUGCAAUACCAGAGGAAAAAAGAUGCACCGAAUCCAAAAUUUAAAAAAUAAAACCCUCGUUCAAUUGCAUUUAUAUUAUGAUUGAAUUUACAUU